GGGGCACCUGGGGGACGCCACGGCGGUCUUCGACGUGAGGGGCAUGACCUGUGGCGCCUGCGUCUCCACGCUGGAGACCGCCCUGGCCCGCGUUCCGGGGGUGGUGACUGCCAAAGUGGCCCUUCUGUCCGAGCGCGCCGAGGUCCUCUUCGACUCGGAGGUCACGGAUACCAAAAAACUGACGGCCGCCAUAAAAGCGGUGGGCUACGAGGCUUCCCUGCGGACGAGCGCCAAAGAGGACGGGGUCAAGAGCCUCUCUACAGC